AUGGAGAACUUGCCUGUUGCCGGUUCUCCCUCGUCUAACGUGUCACCUCGUUUUGAACGCACAAAAGUUUUGAUAGACUGGUAUGUGUCACCAUACCAAACAUUCCAAGUCAAUGAUUGUCGUAGCAAAGUUAUGAAGUUAUCCACAAAAACCAAGAGCGCAGAAGUCUUAUCCUCACCCACAGGAAGAUCAGACUCAGGGUCUGAUUCGUCCUUCUAUCCCGAUUUCUCAUUAGAACAUAGUUCUUUUUUAAAUAAUGACUUUUCAAGAUUAUCAACACCCUACGACCAAGAACCUAUCACUCCUGGAAAGUCAGUGAAGGUUCUCGGUCGUUGGAAGUUGAGAAAAUGCGAACCUGUGGAAGAGGAAACUCCAGAAGUACUACUGAAGCCGAAGGAUGAAGCUGCAGAUAUAUUAGCCACCGCUUUACGUCUAGGACAAUCGUCAUUGAAAGUCCUGGAGAAAGAUAUGAAAAGAAGAGUUCCCUUAGUAGUUUCUCCGGUGUCCACUCCUCGACGUCGUAGGAAAGACGAGGAAUGCGAGUCUCAAUGCAGCACAAAGAUAUUGACUCCCACCUUACUCAGGCCUCCCAGCACCCAGCCAAUCAACGAAUCCACGCCCAAAUCGACGUUUGUGAGAAAGCCUCUCAGACCUCAACAAAACAUAAGAAUUUCUCUAGAAGGAGAUUAUUAG